GAAGCCCAAUGCCCGCGCAAGAUCCUCACAGGGACGAUGGUGAUCCGCUCACCAAGCUCAUCCUUCGGGCUCAAGCUUUCCGUGACAAGCUCGCCGAGUCCUCCAGCCGGCAUCGUGAGUCCGUUAAGUCGAUCGAGAGGUCUUCCCAGAAGGAUGCAAGCUUGGAGGUGGACCUCAUUCUUGCUGGCGCUGGUGCGGGCGAUGAUAAUUCUCGACUUGUGGAAGCGUCACUCGGUCUCGGGAAUGACGACGAAAAAGAAGCUGAGGAGGAGGCAGCUCUUUUGCAGGAGCUCUUCUUUUCUAGAGAAUCAACAACAACAACAGCAACAACAAGGUCGACGACGGGGACGACUGAGAUAGAUCCCCGAAACGAUGGACUGUGCUUGCUCGUGACAAUUGGAAAGGUGGUGCUCUUGGACGAGACAGUGGAAGACCUGACCAAGAUCAAGCCAAGCAUCCUGUGCCACUUUGGCAGCACAAUUUCAAUGCUAUCAUCUUGUACGUGCCUCCUGACGCUCUUCUUCCCUGCUGUGUUUGACGCCCAGGGUCUCAAGCUUUGCCCUGAGCAGCGAAUUUCAGUCACCCCGGUCACAGUCCAAAAGAGAAUGCUACUCUUUGAGUACAGGUCGCAGCUGUUUUGGAAACUGACAUCCAUGAGAGCUCAACAGGAGUGGUGUGCUCAACCCGUCAAGACAACUCUUUACCUCAGGUGGCAAUCCGGUGAAGCAUUAGAGUGUUAUGGCUAUGUGUCCUUGAACAACGCCAUACAAGUGGGAGGUUUGCAGACUAGCUUGGUACUAGCUGCUGGCAAAAGCAUAAAAGAUGAUGUGCAUCCUGCUGUAAUCAAGCCAACGCGGUUCAAGACCAAAGCUAGUUCCGUCGAGCCCGUGACGAGCCUUAGAAGUUCCAAGAGCAACAUCGACUUGGAAGGAAGAGCCAUUGCAACUGUCGACAUUGGGAUGGUGCUCGUCCGUGAAUCAAGCGUGGGUGCUGCUCCGAAGAAGACGAGUUGCUACAUCCACGCAGGGGAUGAACAGGAACCUUGGAUUUAUCUUAACUUGCACAACUUGGCGGCGGAGUUUACCAGAGUGCAAUCCGCAAGAUCCCAAACCAUGCUCUUGGUUGUCAAGUCAGGUUGUAGAGUUGCUUUCGCGAGUAUCAGGUUGUCACGGAAGAACAGGUACCGCCAGAAGUUUUUGGAUGCUGUAUUGCAACCGAGCCCAAGCGAGGAAUGCCUGAUAUUCUUGGAAGCAUGGGACAGCUUGCGAGCGUAUGAGGGGCUGGGAGAGGGUGGACUGGAGGGCUUGCUCGGAAUGCUCAAGGUCCCAUACUCUUUGGGCUCAUGGACGGAACGAACUUCAAGGCACGGGAUUGUCAAGUUUUCAGGCUGCUUCAGAGUUUGGCAUCCGAGCAACAAGUCAGUGUCUGGCAAGGUCACAGUGAUUGUUGUGCUUGGCUUGAGAUACCAAGUCUUGAAGAUCCAGAAAGAGAACCAGGCAGCGGCUGUGAUCCAAUCUUGUUUUCGAAAGUUCCUAUUUGAAAAGUCACAGCUCAAAGAAAAUUGAGUAAUUUCUGCGGAAAAUGCAUGACUAAUGAGCUCUCGAGUUUUCUAUCCAAACGGUUGGCUUAA